AUCGGCCAGCCUGGACCAGAGCGGCCAUCAGCGGUUCCAUGCGCGUGCGCCGGGGCAGCUCCAGGACGCGUCAGAUUCAGGCACGCCGCGUCUGUGUGCUUAUGAGACCACAUACAACAGAUGGGCGGCCGCGGGCAUGUGAAAAUACGGCCCUACGCGCCAGUCGACAUGGUGCGAUGCUCGCGCACAAGAACCCUGUCGCGCACUCGCCCGUUAUUACUUUUCCGACCCGGCAAAGAAGCCUUACAUGAGGUCUAGUUAGAACUUUUGGGUCGGGAAUUUCUUAACGGCGCUGCGCUGUGCGCUGCCGGUCCAAAUGCCAAACCGCUCGCGGAACUAGUCUCCCCGCUCCCUUGCUGGGCCCGUUAAGAAAUUCCCGUCGCGACAGACUGGUCGGUAUGGUAGCAUAGAUUGCAUUAUGCCUGGCUGGAGCAUCUAAUUGCGCGCGCCGAGCACCUGCACGCGACACAUGCUCACCGGGCACAGCCAAAGCAGCGCCACAAGUGCGCUCCGAAAGCUAGGGGCUUUCAUACGUACUUUCUAAGACUAUGAUGGUUGUUUGGAACCGAUAGGGACAGCUAGGGCCGUGGAAGUCGGCCGCUCGGUCGGUUCAGUCGCGGUUGGACAUGGUGGGACGCAGGGCGGCGAGUUUUAUGCUAGGCCCCGGGGCGGGGACGUCCUAAGUACAUGAAUGGCCGAAAACCACGGCCGAAGCAGCGAAGCACGGUGGUCGCCCGGUUUCGGGCCCAUCGCGAUGGGAGUGGACCUGCCCUCUGCCCUGUCGCAGCCUGGUGCGACCACUCGCGCCCACAAUUCCGUCGACCUCAAACGCGUGGCUGUGCACCGCCUGCUUGCAGGCUUCAGCCCGGUCGCUGCGCCCAGUAGUCCCGCGCAAGAUUCACAACGGUGAGCACUCCCAACCGCCACAGCGACAGCCCUAGCGGCUCAAGUGUCUGUGAAUGGCCGCAUCAAAUAGCCGCGUGGCAGUUUUGGCGAAAAUGCAGGGUGCGAGGGGGUUGGUUCUCUCAAAUGCGAGCUAGCGCCCACACGCACUAUACGGGGGCGAGUAGCUUAUGAGUAGUAGUAAUGAUUAUACAAGCGGCGAAUUUUAGUUUUAGGGGUAAGCAUGCGGCCCGAGUACAAUUACCGCUU